AAUUUUUAAAAGACCCAAAAUUGGCGCGAAACAGGAGGCGGAGAGGGUCGACUGGAAGGCGGCCGCACAUUUCUCCUUUUAUAACUAAACCCGCGGCCUGGCCCUCGAUUAUAAGUGCACCAGCUCAACGCCUCACAGCCCCUCCAGGCCUACAGGGUGGUGGUAGGCCUAUAAACCCCGCGGAAGAGGGUGAAAGCCGGGCCUGGCGGUGGAUGUUUACGGCCAUCAGCUGACUGCCCGGCGCCCAUGCCUGCCGCCGCGCGCCACAAUGGACUGGCUCGGCGGAACGGGAAAACAUUUGUGAGUCCGACGUGGGCCGCGGAGAAAGCCUUGAAGGGCCGAACCAAAGUAAACAAGAAAAUCAAUCACUGCCGCACAUUGUUUAAUAUUUAAGUCGAGGGAGACGCGAUAAGCAAGAAAAUCAACUGCUCCCACUACCACUCCUGCUUCUACUGUUCCUCUCUGCUGCAACUCCUCCUACCGCUGCUACCAUUUCUGCUACCACUCUCUCUGCGCCCAUAAUGUCGCAAGGAAGGGGUGUGCGGAGGAAAGGAGGAGACAUGGCGGAGAAGGGGAAGGGAGGAGGAGGAAAGAAGAAGCAGAAGACUGGAGGGAGGGGCGCCCCCCAGAGACAGGUGGAGUACAAGUUUGACCCCUCGUUCAAGCUUCGGGAGCCCAAGGUGGAGCGCGUGGAGGGGGCGGGGGACUUCCACCCAGUGUUCUUCCUCCGCACCCACUCCAAAAAUAACGACACAGCUGAUGUCCAAACCCAGAUCUGGCAGUGCUCCUUCGAACCGGACAACUCGAGAGCGGGCGGCAACACCAGCAUCGUGGCAACCUGUGGGGGGUCAUCGGUGUGCUUCAUCAAUGUGCUGGACGGCGAGGUGGUUCUCAAGUACAACCGCAGUACAAAAACCCUCCCCAGCUUGCCAUCCACCGCCAGAGCCACCGCGGGGGAGAACCUCUAUGCUCAGGUCUGGUCCACUCUUCCACUCGACGACCUCGGACUCAAGACCAUGAACGUCCUCGCUGCGGCUGGUGCGCGAUCCACAGUGCUCCUCAUCCACCCAGACGCGGGGAUAUGUUACCAGAUGUUCCGCACGGUCCCGAAUAAGGCUGCCGCUGUGAUAUGUGCGCUGCUCUUCCACCCUAAGAAGGCGACAUGGUUGUUUUGUGGUCACGAGGACGGGCAGAUCCAGCUGUGGGACAUAGGCACUCCCACCUUACCUGAGUACGAAGUUAGCCAGGUGCAUCUACUAACGAUUCCACCUGUUGCGAGAGAUGUGUACAACCUGGCCUUCUCCUGCACCCACGACCUGCUUAUCGGGGGCUGUGACGGUGGUCUGUACGCUUGGAAGGUUGACCUGAAGAAGAUUGAGGCUGGGGAGAGUCUUGAGCGGCUGGAGUUCGUGCUUCCGGAGGUGGACGGCAAUGGCUCUGUGCUGGACUCAAUCUCCAUGCUGCGCGAUGACCUCCUGGCUGCCAAGUGCGCGCUGCAUGGUCAGAUCUAUGUGUUCUCCGUGUCCAAGGCGCUUUCCGUGGCCAAGCUUAAUAAGAGUCGGUCGCAGCUUCAGGCGGAGGUGAAGACGGAGAUGAUGGUGCGGCUUCGGUGGAGCGACACGGACAACUACUACAUGAACAUGGGGCUGGACUCUCGGUCAUGUCUACUGGUGUGCGGGGACGACAAGGGCGCGCUGUGGGUGUAUGACCUCGCCGACCUCGUUACGGGCAGGGCGACCUCCCCCCUGACCGGCGGCGCUCCGAUCCCCAUGGUGGAGCCUGUCAAGAUCCUGGAGUGGCCUGAGCUGGAGGAUGCGGAGGUGGAAAAGGCGCGUAAGCUUCGACUGGACACGUAUGACAUAGUGGUUGACAAGUGCACUGUGUCCUAUGGGGCCCAGCACAUCGUGGCGGUGACGUCUAAUAAUAUGGUGUGUAUAUGGCGACAUGGGAAGGAGGAGGAGGAGGAGGAGGAGGCGGCGGUGAAGCAGGAGGAAGCGGAGAAGGAUAAGAAGAAGAAGAAGAAGAAGAAAAAGAAGGAAGGGGAGGAGGAGGAGAAGGAGGAGGAGGGAGAGGGUGCAGGAGAAGAAGGGAAGUGAAGAUAGAAAAUGGUGUGUGUGUUUGUGGAGAAAGAGUGUGUGUGUGUGUGUGCGUGAAGUGCUAGGAUAUGGUCAGCUGUUGAACCCGUAUCGCUCAGGUCUCAGAAACUUUAUCAGAUGAGGUCAAAUUCGCAUUGGCAACAGUGUAGCGAGCGCCUUUCCCCUCACUACCAUGGCAGUUGCUGGAGUCCCAUCAGCCCCCUUUCCCUUUACAGACAGAGACAACCGAGCCCAGUACACACGGCAGCUCCUGAGAAUAAAGUUGAGGGCAGACACAUAGCUACUCAUGGCCUUAGUGCGUAUCUCUGUAACACUGCCCCUUGAGCCUGUGAGAGGGGGAGGGAUGGAGAGGAAAAUGUGGUGUGGUUUUAGAAGAUUCAUAGUGUAAUAAUUCAUCACGUCCUGAUCAUGUGUUGGACUCAUAAUCGCCGUAUUUACCUAGUUGUGAAAUACAGGAAAAGUGUGUUUACGUAUAUGCCUGCAGCUCAGUGUAAAAGAAAUAAUUAACAGGGAAGCAUCUAUGUAAAAGUUUAUAUAUAGAGAAAGAAUGAAUGAAAGAAACAGACAUGGUACUGAAGUUAGGGAAAGUAAAAAAGAAAAACAGGAAUGGAAAAUGAUAAAAAAAAGUAAGAUGAAGUAAAAGGAAAUUAAAGGAAGGUAUGAUUCAGUUCACCCCAAAAUAAUAAAAAGAAUGAGUUAGAGGUUUGUUAUGGGUUGUGAUGUUCAAGUAUUUGUUCACCUCUAAGGAGAAUAAGGUAGAAAAAUAUGCUGUCUAUUUUUUUUAUUUUUUUUUUACAAGGGGUCAAAGGGAAAGGAAGGAAGGAAAAGGAAGAUAGGGGAAGGGAAAGGAAAAGGAAAGGAAGGAAGGGGAAUGGAAAAGAAAAAAGGAAAGGAGAGGAAGGUAAAGGAAGGAAGGGAUAUGGUGUGUGUGUGUGUGUGUGUGUGUGUGUGUGUGUGUGUGUGUGUGUGUGUGUGUGUAAUUAACAAAGACCAGGUGAGAUAACCAACUAAUUAACUGACCUAUUUCACUGGAUGACCCGUUUUAAUAGGAAAGGAGUUACACGUUUGCUAUUAUGAAAACCAAAAAAAUAUACUGGUUACUAUUACUAUUAUUAUUUAUGUUACUAUUAAUGUUCGUACAGGUGGUCGCCCUCACCUGAUAACUUGAAAUGAUUUUAUUUUUGAAUAUUGUAAAAAAAUAAAAAUAAAUAUGCUCAUGAUU